CUUAAAUGUUUUAACUAGCUAGAAAUUUUGGGGUAAAAUUCAAGAGUGAUUCAAUAAUCCAAGAUAGGAUUCCUACAGCUGAUGGAUCAGUUGCUGAAUAUCCAGGCAAGUUCUUGGAGAAGGGAGGGGCAGUUUAGGUGUCCUGGAGGAAAUGGAUAUUUUUGUUUUUCUCUUUGGUUUUGAGUAUAGUUUAAAGUUCUUCCCUAACUGCAUAACUUGCUUUUUUUUGUAAGAGCUUUGUGUACAGGUCUUCUAAUUGUUUUUCUCUUUGAAAUCCUGUAAAUUUAUCUUGGAAUAAAAUUUAGUCUGAUAAAAUGCUCAUCUUAAAUUAUUGGCAUUAAUAAGUCUUCAAGAAGUGGAUUGAGACAAUUCUGUGAGAGCACUGCUUGAAAACUAAUGUGAGCAGGUCUCGAAGUCUGUGGGCAUAGUCUUUACUGAUCCUACAGAGAAUGGCCAGACAGUUUCAGGUAGAAGUGUUAGAAAACAUUGUUGCCUCUAGGAACGACUGCUGUUUGUUGUUAAGGGUCGUAUUGAAGAUAACAACAUGGGACUUGACAUUCACACCAUUUUUUGUCACCUGUUUGUUGCACAUACUGUGCAGAUUUAAAGUUGAAAUUUUGACUAAAUUUAUUCUCUACACAUUUCCCUUGAGGAGUAGGAGCAGUAUUACUGCUAGUAGUACACGUUUCAGUGUGCUGGUAAGCUGGAGGUUCAUUUCUUGGGUAAGUACACUUGGGUGCACUGUUAGGUGAAAUGUCUCUUUAAAAUGUUUUCCUGCUUUUUCGAUGUCUUAUCAAACAAUGGUCUGUUUUUUAAGUCUUAAAGUUUGCUUUGUUUCAUGUAAUAUGAAUAACAAUGAAUGUUUCUGUGGUAUUGUUUUCUUUGUAAUAUUUUAUAGUUGUCUUUAUUAUAAAAUAUAUGAACAUACUUUGGUAUUUAACAAUAAAUCACAAUUAAGGUUUUAACAGCACUAGCUUUUCCCAAGAAGAGCUUCUGUCAUUGUUUCACUACAGGGCUUGAGGACCUGCUUUUAUCUUUAGCAAAGAGCUUGCAGCAGGGUUACCCCUAAUUUCUGUAGCAUAAUGGUCUCAGUUUGUCUCAGCCAAACUGCUGAAUGAGAGAGUGAGAGGGGAAAGGAAAAAACAAACCAGCUUGAUUAUGCUGGGGGCUGCUGCUGCACUUGAUGCUCAAUAUGGGUAACUUAAAAUUAUCUAUAGACAGUUGCCCAUUUACAGACAACCUUAUUCAUUUUUCUGAAUAAGGCCAAAUUCACUUUUGGUUCCACUAUUUGGCAUGAAAAUAAGUCUUUACCAUCCCUCCUCCCUGUUUUUAAAAAUGGCAUGCCUCAGGGAUAUGCCUAUGCUGUCUCCUCAGAAGUAUCAGUGCUUUCUUGUAUUGUUACACCCUUUCAGUCGCCUUAAGAUGAAAAGGGAGAUCAGGAAAAGCACUUGACUUGGCCUCAUGUAUUGGAGGAAAAAUGUGAAAGUGGAGUUAAACACGAUAUUGAACUUCAAAAAUUUUAAUUGAAUGUCUGUGAUCUUGAAAUGCCAGCAAAUGGCUGUGGCUUUGCUAAUGAGCAUUGUGAUGGUUAUAACUGGAAAGGAGUUGCUCAAGACUUCCUAUGUGGACUCUUUUGCUUUGGCUUGGGUUUUUUUUGGGGGAUCAGAUCUUUCAAGGAUCCCCCUCUUUUUUUCAUUGUGAUAAAUUUUGCAUCUGGCACAGAAUCUAAACCUAUAAUCUGAGUCAGCUGCAUGUGUCAGACUGCCUUGUAAUAACCAUCAGAAUGUACUAGUAUGAGUGAUAUACAAUUUAUCUCCAAUAAAUACUUGCUGCUAUUUGAUCAGCUACCAAAACUUUCUAGUUCUGGUGGAGGAGCAAAGUUUCUUGAUUACUAAACAUAAUCAGUUUAACUCCAGGUCUGAACAGUGCACCUGUUUGCUACUGUUCAGAGCUAUUCUUCCCAUUUGGGAGAUGGGGAAACUUGCUAUUUUAGUGGAGCACAGCUUGACAGUUUGGUCAGUUAUUGGAGGGGGGAGUGGUAAGCUCUGGGAGGUAAGUGUUCCAGUUUCCCAGUUGGCUCCAGCUGCAGCCUGCCUCGCGCUCUCGCGCGCUGGCUGCAGCAGGGACGCCGGCACUGCAGUGGGACCAGUGACAGAAGCUGUUCUUCAGCAUUUUCAGGAUGGCUGUUUUCUGCGUCAGGAUGAGGCAUUCCUGCUGGGCAGAGCCACCGCCAAGAGCAAAGGUAAGGUAAUGUUUAUUCCAUGGGAAUGCUUAAGACAGCCGAGCAGCUUGUACCAACCACUGCGGUAAUAGCCACAGGAGCUCUUUCCCCCCUUAGCUUAGUUUAUAUACUGUAAUAGUUUUGUUUUGUAAAUAAUUUUAUGCUGGAUUCUUUUCAUUAAACUAAUAUGAAUUUGAAUAGUACUUGUUCAGAUGUAAAUGUUAAUUUUCUGUGACUUUUUUUCCCCUCCCUUUAAUCUGCUGUUUCCUUUUUUCUUUCUUCCGGAACAAAAAUAAGUUGGGGUGUAAUGUAAGCUGAUCUCUAUUUCAUCAUGGGAGAUACUGAAUCUAUAAAAUAGUGCUGCAAAAUAGCACUAAAGUUUUGGGAGGAAUGAGACCCCAGGAAACAUCUGCUCUCUUUAAUACAUCCUCUCUUGGAGACUUUCUGCAAUGCUGUGGUGUGUGAGAAAAUGCUUGCAGUCUGCGACCAUGCUGAGUUACAGCUCGUGUGGAAAAAGGGGGAUUUUCACCCCAAUUGCUCAGUGACUCGGUUGCAUAUGUUGGAUUGAAUACUGGAAAAAGAAGUCAAUAAUCUCCACAGUAACUGCAAACCAACUGUAUCCAGUUGUGAUCCAAACAAUUGAUGUAAAAUUAAAUCCAAUCGGGAGAAAGUUGGAAUGCAAUAGAUCCGUGAAUGUGAGUUCCUCACAUUUGUUUAGUGAUCGGUAUGUAAAUUUUCAGUGGCCAUUCUAGAACCCAAUGGACAUCUGGCUUUAAUUCACACCUGUGAAAAAGAGCAAAAUUAUUUACAGCAUGUUUCCUUGGUUCUGAUGUGCAGAAUUAUUUUCCUCUGACCAGAUGAAUUUCAUCUCCUUUUUUUUUUUUUUUUUUUAUUAUUUGGUGCUGGGCUGUAGCUAUCAAAACCUUUGCUGGAGUAGUGGGGUUUCUUUUUCCGCUCUCUUCAAACUAUACAGAACUCCUACUUGCAAAACAUGAUAUAUCCAAGAGGACUUCAACAGACUGUGAUGUGAAAGGCUUCUCAAAUAUUUUCUUUGGUCUCAGAUUUUUUGUUGAUUUUUCUUGUGGGCAAAGGUAAUUCUCUACUCUGUACUAGUAUAUCAAAAGCACCAUUAUCUUAAAACAUCGUUUGUUGAAAAGCUCUCUAGGAAGUUUUUUCCUGUCUGUGAAGCCUUACUGUAAGAUACUUUUGAAAUCAGAUUUCAGAAUUUGUACAGCCUCAGAGGCCUCCUCUAUUGGUACCUUCGAGUUUUGACUUCUUUUGGACUUCGUGAACAAAUACCAUUCUGUUUUUGUAUCUUAUAAUUUUGUGUGUAGAUUCAAAUCUAGUUUGUUAGAAGCUAAGACUGUUAGAUAUUAGCCCUUUAUAAUUAUCCUGUAUGUGCAGAUUGUAUGUUUAUACAAUGGUCUACCUGUUGUAUAGUCUUUUUGAGAUGUUACCAUUUAAGAUGACACUUCAUUUCAAAUAAAAGCUUAUUGUUUUGCAGUUAAUAAUAUUUAAUGCUGGUGGUUGUGAGUUGUAUGAUGUUAUAUUGUGCCAUUGGACCACAAAGAGCUGGACUUGGGAAUUGGUGGUUCUGGGGUUGUCCUCUAUCUGCAGGUGAUGUUUGAAAUGUGAUUCCUGAGGUAAAGUGUUUAUGUUCUUGGGGGAAGAGGGUAUGGGGAGGGAUUGAAUGGUUCAUUUUUUUUGUCUUUUUUUUUCCCCUGUCCCCAAUGAUUUGUGGUAUUGCGUACCUUGUGCUUUCUGCUUGUUUUUUUCUUUACUAUUAAACUGCUGAUGUUUAUUUCCAGGAAUGUUUUGCAAAUGUCCUUCUCACUCUUCCCCUCUACAACUGUAGGCAUUUGUUGUGAAACACCUCUUGGAGUAUACCCAGCAGAGUGAGUCCAACCUGCAGUACAGCUUGUUUUUAGUUUUUGGCAUCUUUAUGACGGAAGUGGUGCGAUCGUGGUCCCUGGCGCUAACCUGGGCGUUGAAUUAUCGCACGGGGGUCAGACUGCGUGGGGCUGUCCUCACUAUGGCGUUUAAGAAAAUUCUUAAGCUGAAGAAUAUCAAGGAGAAGUCUCUUGGAGAGCUCAUAAAUGUUUGUUCCAAUGAUGGUCAGAGGAUGUUUGAAGCUGCAGCAGUUGGCAGUUUGUUGGCUGGGGGCCCUAUUGUGGCCAUCUUGGGAAUGGUUUAUAAUGUGAUUAUUCUGGGUCCAACAGGCUUCUUGGGAUCUGCUGUUUUCAUCCUCUUCUACCCAGCAAUGAUGUUUGUGUCACGCCUCACAGCUUAUUUCAGAAGAAAAUGUGUAGCAACAACAGAUGAACGUGUGCAAAAGAUGAAUGAAGUUCUUAAUUACAUUAAAUUUAUUAAAAUGUAUGCCUGGGUCAAACCAUUUUCUCAGAAUGUUCAAAAAAUUCGGGAGGAGGAGCGCAAAAUCUUGGAGCGUGCAGGUUACUUCCAGAGCAUCACUGUGGGAGUGGCUCCCAUUGUUGUUGUCAUUGCCAGUGUGGUGACCUUUUCUGUCCAUAUGAUCCUUGGCUAUGACCUUACAGCAGCUCAGGCAUUCACAGUGGUCACUGUCUUCAACUCAAUGACUUUUGCUCUCAAAGUAACUCCAUUCUCAGUGAAGUCUCUGUCUGAGGCCUCUGUUUCUGUUGAUAGAUUUAAGAGUUUAUUUCUAAUGGAAGAGGUUCAUAUGAUAAAGAAAAAACCAGCCAAUCCUCACACCGCGAUAGAGGUGAAAAAUGCUACUUUGGCUUGGGACUUCUCCCACGCCAGCGUCCAGAGCUCACCAAAGUUGACCCCCAAAGUGAAAAAAGACAAGAAAGUCACCAAGAGCAAGAAAGAGAAAAUGAAGCUACAGAAUGAGGGACAGCAAGCUGUGCUGGCAGAGCAGAAAGGCCAUCUUCUAGUGGACAGUGAUGACCAUCACAGCCCCGAAGAGGAGCACAAAAUCAUCCACCUGGUUAACCUUCGGCUUCAGAGGACUCUCUACAACAUUGACUUGGAGAUAGAAAAGGGAAAACUUGUUGGAAUUUGUGGCAGUGUGGGGAGUGGAAAGACUUCACUUAUCUCAGCAAUUUUGGGACAGAUGACCCUGCUGGAGGGGAGCAUCGCAGUGAGCGGCACCUUCGCCUACGUGGCCCAGCAGGCCUGGAUUCUCAACGCCACUCUCCGGGACAACAUCCUCUUUGGCAAGGACUAUGAUGAGGAAAGAUACAAUACUGUGCUGAAUGGUUGCUGUCUAAGGCCUGACCUGGCCAUCCUUCCAAAUGGGGACCUGACAGAGAUUGGUGAACGAGGGGCUAACCUGAGUGGGGGACAGCGUCAGAGAAUCAGUCUGGCUCGAGCCCUGUACAGUGACAGGGACAUUUACAUCCUCGAUGACCCCCUUAGUGCCUUAGAUGCUCAUGUUGGAAAUCACAUUUUUAACAGUGCAAUAAGGAAGCACCUGAAGUCAAAGACUGUCCUUUUCAUCACACAUCAGCUUCAGUAUCUUGUUGACUGUGAUGAAGUGAUCUUCAUGAGAGAAGGCUGCAUUACAGAGAGAGGCAGUCAUGAGGAACUGAUGAAUUUAAAUGGGGAUUAUGCAACUAUUUUUAAUAGCCUACAGCUGGGAGAAACACCACAUAUUGAGAUUAAUAUAAAGAAGAACACAAAUAAUUCACUGAAAAGGCCCCAGGAUAAAAGUACCAAAACAGGGUCUGUGAAGAAGGAAAAAGUUGUAAAGAAGGAAGAGGAGGGCCAGUUGGUCCAGUUGGAAGAGAAAGGCAAAGGCUCUGUCCCUUGGUCUGUUUAUGGUGUCUACAUUCAGGCAGCUGGAGGCCCCUUUGCAUUCCUCAUCAUCAUGGCACUGUUUGUGCUGAAUGUGGGCAGCACAGCUUUUAGCAACUGGUGGCUGAGUUUCUGGAUCAAGCAAGGCAGUGGAAACACCACUGUGACUUUGGGAAAUGAGACUGUCAUAAGCAACAGUAUGAAAGAUAACCCUCACAUGCAUUACUAUGCUGGCAUCUAUGCACUGUCUAUGGCAGUUAUGUUGGUCCUGAAAGCUGUUCGUGGUGUGGUCUUUGUAAAGGGAACUCUCAGAGCAUCCUCAAGGCUCCAUGACGAGCUUUUCCGACGGAUUCUGCGUAGCCCCAUGAAGUUCUUUGACACUACCCCCACUGGGAGGAUCCUCAACAGGUUUUCCAAAGACAUGGAUGAAGUUGAUGUUCGUUUGCCAUUUCAAGCGGAGAUGUUCAUCCAGAAUGUCAUCCUUGUGUUCUUCUGUGUGGGAGUGAUUUCUGGGGUUUUCCCCUGGUUCCUGGUGGCAGUGGGGCCCCUCAUUGUCCUGUUCACAGUUCUGCAUGUUGUGUCUAGAGUCUUUAUUCGAGAGCUCAAGCGUCUGGACAACAUCACACAGUCUCCAUUCUUGUCUCAUAUUACAUCUAGCAUCCAGGGUCUCUCCACAAUCCAUGCCUACCACAAAGGACAGGAAUUUCUGCACAGGUACCAGGAGCUGCUGGAUGACAACCAGGCCCCGUUUUACCUUUUCAGUUGUGCCAUGCGCUGGCUGGCUGUGCGCCUGGACAUCAUCAGCAUUGCUCUGAUCACAACCACUGGCCUUAUGAUUGUCCUGAUGCAUGGCCAGAUCCCUCCUGCCUAUGCUGGGCUGGCCAUCUCCUACGCUGUGCAGUUAACAGGGUUAUUCCAGUUUACAGUCAGACUGGCUUCAGAGACAGAAGCUCGUUUCACCUCAGUGGAGAGGAUUGACCACUAUAUCAAGACACUUUCCCUGGAAGCUCCUGCUCGAAUUAAGAAUAAAACUCCUCCUCUGGACUGGCCACAGGAAGGUGAAGUUGUUUUUGAAAAUGCAGAGAUGCGGUACCGAGAGAACCUCCCUCUAGUACUUAAAAAAGUGUCCUUUACCAUCAAACCCAAGGAAAAGAUUGGCAUUGUGGGGAGAACAGGCUCAGGGAAGUCUUCCCUUGGAAUGGCACUCUUUCGUCUCGUUGAACUGUCUGGAGGCUGCAUUAAAAUUGAUGGAGUAAAAAUAAAUGACAUUGGCUUGGCAGAUCUUCGGAGCAAACUCUCCAUAAUCCCUCAGGAACCUGUGCUGUUCAGUGGCACUGUGAGAUCAAACUUGGAUCCUUUCAAUCAGUACAGUGAGGAACAAAUCUGGGCUGCUUUGGAAAGGACUCACAUGAAGGAGUGUAUUGCACAGCUGCCUAUGAAGCUCGAUUCAGAAGUGAUGGAAAAUGGGGACAACUUUUCUGUUGGAGAGAGACAGUUACUGUGCAUAGCUAGAGCUCUGCUGCGUCGUUGCAAGAUAUUGAUCCUGGAUGAAGCAACAGCUGCUAUGGACACAGAGACAGACUUACUGAUCCAGGAGACCAUCAGAGAGGCGUUUGCAGACUGCACUAUGUUAACAAUUGCUCAUCGCCUGCACACGGUCCUGGGCUGUGAUCGGAUCAUGGUGCUAACACAGGGACAGGUAGUGGAAUUCGACACCCCGACUGCCCUUCUGGCCAACGAGAACUCGCGCUUCUAUGCUAUGUUUGCUGCUGCAGAGAACAAGAUCUGGUGGCUGGAUCCAGAGCUGACAUACGGCAAUGCCAAGCCCUUUGUCUUCACACAGGGACACUCGGUGUGUAACCGCUCCUUCUUCCCCUGCUUUGACACCCCUGCAGUGAAAUGCACCUAUUCAGCUACUGUCAAGGCUCCAGCAGGCAUACAGGUGUUGAUGAGUGCCACCCAGAGCUCCUACCUAGAAGAGGAAGGUGUUUAUCAAUUUUACAUGGAAUAUCCAGUUCCUGCCUACCUAGUGGCCUUGGUGGCUGGAGACCUUAUACAUGCAGACAUAGGUCCAAGGAGCAGAGUGUGGGCAGAGCCUUGCCUGCUGCCAACAGCCAUCAGCAAGCUUUCUGGCAUUGUUGAACGCUGGUUGACUGCUGCAGAGAGUCUGUAUGGCCCCUAUAUAUGGGGAAGAUAUGACAUCGUUUUUCUUCCUCCAUCCUUCCCUAUUGUUGCCAUGGAAAACCCAUGCCUGACCUUCAUCAUCUCUUCCAUUCUGGAGAGUGAUGAGUUUUUGAUCAUUGAUGUCAUCCACGAAGUUGCCCACAGCUGGUUUGGGAACGCGGUCACCAACGCCACGUGGGAGGAGAUGUGGCUGAGCGAGGGCCUGGCCACCUACGCGCAGCGCCGGAUCACCACCGAGACCUAUGGAGCUGCCUUCACUUGUUUGGAGACUGCGUUCCGCCUCGAUGCUCUCCAUAGACAGAUGAAGCUCCUUGGAGAAGACAACCCGGUCAGCAAGCUUCAGGUUAAACUGGAGCCAGGUGUAAAUCCCAGUAAUUUAAUGAACCUCUUCACCUAUGAGAAAGGCUACUGCUUUGUUUACUACCUGUCCCAGCUCUGUGGAGACCCCAGACACUUUGACUCCUUCCUAAGAGCCUACAUUGAGAAGUAUAAAUUUACCAGCGUUGUGGCUCAAGAUCUUCUGGAUUCCUUCCUGAAUUUUUUUCCAGAGCUGAAAGAGCAAUGUGUUGAGAGCAAAGCAGGACUGGAGUUUGAACGUUGGCUCAAUGCUACAGGACCUCCGUUAGCUGAGCCAGACUUAUCUCAGGGAUCCAGUCUGACCAGACCAGUGGAGACACUCUUCAAACUCUGGACCACAGAGCCUCUGGACUCUGUUGCUGCUGCCAGCAGUGUUGACCUCACUAAAUGGAGAACCUUCCAAACUGUGCUUUUCCUGGACAGAUUGCUGGAUGGAUCACCACUGCCACAUGAGGUGAUAAAAAAGCUCUCGGAAUGUUACUCCUCUCAGCUGGACUCCAUGAAUGCAGAAAUCCGUAUCCGCUGGUUGCAGAUUGUAGUCCGAAAUGACUAUUAUCCAGACCUUUACAAAGUCCGUCGCUUCUUGGAAAACCAGAUGUCUCGGAUGUACACAAUUCCACUUUACGAGGACCUUUGCACUGGCACCCUCAAGUCUUUUGCCUUAGAAAUUUUUUACCAGACCCAGAACCAGCUGCACCCCAAUUUGCGGAAAACGAUCCAACAGAUCUUAUCCCAGGGCUUGAAUCCACUUCCUGCCAUAGACACUACAGCAGUCACUACAGACACACCAGCAAUGGUGCUUGAGGACAAAGUCUCAGAGGCCACAAAUGGUGCCAUUUCACUCAGGGAUGUCAACGUGUCUGCUUAGAUCACCAGUUCAUGCCAGCCACAAAGCUUGAAAAUGGGGACAGGAACAGAGGAAAGAUACCAAGUGUUGCCUCCUUUCCUUCAGCCUUGCAGCUGCAGUGUGUUGUAACUGGAUUUCUCUCCCAAAACACAACGCAAAUGUGCCUUCAAGUUACCAGCAUGUGAUACUGCCAGGUUUCAGAGAUCUCCGCCAGCUGUGUGAUGAAUAUUUUGAUUCAGUUUUUACUGGGCAGGGACUCCUGGGCUGUUGAUUCUCCAUGGAAAGUGGAUAGUUCCCUUUCCUGAGGCUCUUCUGGAUGGUUUCUCUGAAUUUGUUGUUUGGGGGGGUGGGGGUAGAGGGGGGGUCUUUUCCUUAUUAUUUUUUUUCCUUUUUUUUUGUCUGAGGCCACUGAGGCAUGUCCUAUUUGCUGCGUGUAUGUUGCUGGGGUGUGUGUAUGUGUCAAGCUGUCAUUGUCCUAAUAUUUGGGCUAAAGUUCUGCAAAGGAGAGACUCAGGAAUUGUUAGUGGCAGCAAACAUGUUUUCAUGUUAUGCUCCUUCCUGUGACAGAGGUAUUGUGAUUUGGGAGGAAGGAGGCUAAUGCUUAAAUGAGAAACUAAUUUUAAAUAGCUCCUGUUCCCCCCUGCCCAUAGGUGGCUAAAUAAUAAUAAUAAUAAUGCUUUUUAUAUAUAUUAAAAGAUAUAUAAAAAAGAACAGGGGAACAUUAUGAUGGAUUUGAAAUCCUUCUGUAGUUAACCCUACUCUCAGUUUUCCCUUUGCACUCGAUGGGACAAGCAAUAAAAAAAUGUGUAGGCUUGAAUUUUCAAAAAAGUUAAAAUUAGGUUCCCAAAUACCAUCAGUUCUGGUACUAGCUAGAUGCCUAAAUCUUUUUAACUGUUUUGACAAGUCUAGCUGCAACUUUUGCUAGUGUGUCAGGAUGUGUGGCACAUGCGUCAGAUGCACCCUGUGUGUCUCCUGUUCUGUCCUUUUGGAGGAAUUAACAUGACCUGUAAUUUUUUUAAGAUCCCCAGCAUACCUUGGCCUGUAAAUCAGCCAUGAAAUUAUCCAUGAUUUUACCACUAUGAUUACUAUGAUUUUACCACCUUGAAUAACGUUUGUCUGAAUAACAGUUGCCCUGUCAUACAAUAGUCUGAGGAAGCACCAUCUUUCUUCAUGUGAAACUUUUAAGUCCGGCUUUACCCAAGUCUGUUUUCUGACUUAUGGUGGGAAUAAGGUGCCAUUUCAUUUCCCUGGCAUGCUGUUUCUCUGGAUCACUGGCCAGCCAUGCAGGAUGGGAAGACACUGUCUUCUCUCUGUGCUGUUUGGUCUCAGGAAGCAGAGGGCAAAGUGUCCUGAGGUAUUGCAGAGUACAGGCGAUGGUUCUUAGACUCUGUGCCACAAACUUUUGAACAUGUGGGUACGCAUGUGCUCUCUAUGAGCUCCCACAAGGCAUCUCUGAGCUGAUGCACCACCAGGAUACUAUGAACAAAAGGCAAAACAUUUGGAAAAAGCUCAGCUAACAGAGAUACGAGAGAGGAAUUGUUAUAUGCUUCAGGGCAAAUUUUAGCUCUGCUAUGGGGAUCUGCAUAGACAGGAAGAGGAGGAAAUUUGGGAGGGUUUUUUUUCCUUCACCAAAAGUAUCUGUUUACACCCAUGUGUGGAUGGGGACUUAGGUGCUGUUACUGAAUCUGCAUUUUCUGGCUUUAAAUUAAUUUGGACUUCACCAUAGCCUUAGCCUGGGCUGAACUGGGAUAAAGCAAUAAUAAACUCAGGCCUCUGUAGUGCUUCAUUAGUUUUAAAAAUGGGCCAUCAGCAUUUUUGGGCUUCAGAACUCCAAGCUCUGCUCUUUGCUCCUUGAAUGGGAUUAUCUUUUAAAUUCUGUUUUGUUUUCCCAGAAAGGAUGGAGAAUGAUGUUUUCUACACAAAUCUCUUUCCUUUUCAUUUGUUGUUCUAUUGAAAGAGAUUUGUACAAGCUGACUUUACACUUCCGGAGUUGCCGCUGUUGGUGCUGUCUCCUGGACCCCACUGCCAGCAGCAGCAGCCUGCUCAAGACCAGGAACCACUAGCAUUUUUUGGAAUCACGAGCCUCUGUUUUAACACAUUUUAUUUAGUGGGAGAACGUUUGUGACCCUGGUGGGAAUUUUUCAUUUACAUGGAUGCCUUAUGAUGAUUGUCAAAUUAAACUAAGCUUUGUGACAA